AUGCCUGGUCUUGAUAGCGAUCAGUCAGACCUUGACCUUCUCGCGGCCGAGGGCGUCGACGUUUCCAAAGUGCCGAAGCAAUCCAACCCUGCCUCUCCCUCUCGCUCGCCGCGCGCCGGCACUUCAAUUUCCCCCCCAUCAGAUGGCUCCCCCUCUACAGACACCUCUACACGUCCGACUCCCGAUCGCACUAGGGACGGGCAGAACGCUGCAGAGGAAGAAUCAGAGCCCUCUAGCAUAUGGCACCGGCGCCGAGCGGACAAGGGUCCGCCCGAUUGGUAUGUUGAGGGGCCUGGCAGAAGAAUCGGCUAUGAUGACUUGACUGCGAUCGACUGGAUCUACGAGUAUACAAAAGAACGCCAACGGUUGAGAAAGCUGGUUGCCUCGAACAAUGGCAUUGUAGGACAUCUGAGGCAAUUGUUCGACGCGAGCCAGGUCUGGCUUGUCCUUGUCGCCAGUGGAAUCUCCGUGGGUUGUAUCGCGGCAUUCAUCAACAUCGCAUCAGACUGGCUUGGAGAUAUCAAGACUGGCUAUUGCAAAUCAGGCGUCGGCGGCGGUCAGUUCUACCUCAAUAAACAAUUCUGCUGUUGGGGCCAUGACGACUUGUCUCAAUGUCAAGAUUGGACACCGUGGCCGUCUGCGUUGGGGAUUGGGUCUAUUGGUGGGCAGUACAUGAUCAGCUAUAUCUUCUUUAUCCUCUUCUCAGUCCCUUUCGCAGUGUCAGCAGCUGUGCUUGUGAGACACUACUCGAUAUACGCUCGCCAUAGUGGAAUUCCUGAAAUCAAGACGGUCCUAGGAGGCUUCGUCAUGAAGCGCUUUCUGGGACUGAGGACGCUGGUAAUCAAGUCUUUAGGAUUGUGUCUCGCAGUGGCCUCUGGCAUGUGGCUUGGAAAGGAAGGCCCUUUCGUACACCUCGCAUGCUGCUGCGCCAACAUCAUCAUGAAGCCAUUCAAGUCAUUGAGUCAGAAUGAAGCGCGAAAGCGAGAGGUUCUUUCCGCUGCUGCUGCAUCGGGUAUAUCUGUCGCUUUCGGCUCGCCCAUUGGCGGAGUUCUCUUCUCGCUCGAACAGCUGUCCUACUACUUUCCAGAUAAAACGAUGUGGCAGUCAUUUGUCUGCGCAAUGGUGGCGGCAGUGACUCUGCAAGCCCUAAACCCAUUUCAUACCGGAAAGAUUGUUUUGUAUCAAGUCACCUAUACGACAGGAUGGCACAGCUUUGAGCUUCUGCCAUUCGUCCUGCUCGGCAUCAUUGGCGGCGUGUAUGGCGGCAUGUUUAUCAGGCUCAACAUGCUAAUCGCACGUCUACGGAAGUCUUCAGGCUAUCCCCUUCGCGACAGACCAACAUUGGAGGUCUUGGCUGUCGCGGCAAUUUCUGCGGUCAUCAACUAUCCCAAUACCUUCAUGCGAGCACAGCUGUCGGAGCUGGUCUACUACUUGUUUGCAGAAUGUGAAACUAUUGGCAACAACGAUAUAUUUGGUCUCUGCAAGGCGACAACCGCCGGAGCCUUGUCGAUGGCAUGGCUCUUGAUUGCUGGGUCGAUCCUGGGAUUCCUCUUGUCUAGCAUCACGUUCGGGUUACAGAUCCCAGCUGGGAUCAUACUCCCGUCUCUGGCCAUCGGCGCACUCUAUGGACGUACCCUCGGUGUCCUGAUGGAGCUCGUGCAUAAGCACUUCUCCGGGUCUUUGGUGUUCGCAGCAUGUGAACCCGACAUGCCCUGCGUGAUUCCUGGCACGUAUGCUAUUGUUGGGGCUGCCUCAGCUUUAGCCGGUGUAACACGACUAACAGCCUCGAUUGUGGUGAUAAUGUUCGAACUAACCGGCGCACUCUCCUAUGUGUUACCGAUCAUGAUUGCCGUCCUGUCGGCCAAAUGGAUUGGUGAUGCCCUAUCUCCGCGUGGAAUCUACGAGUCCUGGAUUCACUUCAACGAUUACCCCUACCUCGAAAACAACGAAGACGCAGAUAUACCUCAUGUUCCCGUCGCCACCGUCAUGACAAGUGUAGAGGAAAUGACCUACUUGGACGCCACUCGACCUUAUUCGGUGGAAACUCUGCAGCGCAUUCUGCGGACCACUACUUCCCGUGGUUUUCCUGUUGUGGCAUUCAAGGAGACCACUGGUAACCUGGUCGCUGAUGAGCCGUUGAGCCCGCAUUUCCUGCGUGAGAAUACCCUGCUUGGGUAUAUAUCUCGGGUUGAACUUUCCUUUGCACUGGAACAAGUCACCAAUCCUGAACACAAUGUCUCCGGACCAGGUCUGAAACAUGUUAAUUCAGAUACCCCCUGUUAUUUCACUUACCGGUCCGACCUAAUAUCAUCUCAAGGGAUAGACUUGCGACCAUGGAUGGAUCAGACCCCAAUCACUUUGAAUGCGAAUAGCUCGCUGCAACUGGCAGUUCACAUGUUCCAGAAACUUGGGCUGCGGUACCUUCUUCUUGUUGAUCGUGGAGCUUUUCGAGGCAUUCUCACCAAAAAGGACGUUUGUUACGUUCUGUCGGCAGCUGAGGGGGGCGAGAAGGUCGGAGCUUUCAUCGCAGGCGCUGGAGUACUUCGGGACCCAGGCACGGACAAUGACAUCGAUGAAGCCAGGGGGCUGCUCCAAGGUGAAUCAGCAGUGCUCGAUCAACACGAGAGGCCGGGUUAA